UUUUUGUUGUUCUUGAAAAUAAAUCGAUUUUUUAAAUUAAAAACUUGGGGAAACACGCGAAAUUUAAGAACUUUAAGCAGCGAAAUGGAUGCUUUGCAAGACGAGGUGGAAUCCCUGGAAGCUAUCCUGAUGGACGAUGUGUCUGUAAAGCGUUCCGCUAGCGGCUCGGUAGACAUGAUUGAGACUACAGUUCUGCCCCUGACCGGUGAGGAAGAGGAUCAGCAGUAUAUAUGUGUCACCUUGCAGGUGCUACCGCCCACCGGCUAUCCGGAUGUGAGCCCUGCCUUUAAAUUGCUGCGCCCUCGAGGAUUGGACGAUGCUCGCCUUGAGGCUAUACGAAGUGCUUGCAAUGCCAAAAUAAAGGAAUCCCUUGGUUUUCCCGUCGUCUUUGAUCUCAUCGAGGUGGUGCGCGAACAUUUGACCGGCAGCAAUUUGCCCAGUGGCCAGUGUGUCAUCUGUUUGUAUGGUUUCAGUGACGGCGAUGAAUUCACCCGAACGGAGUGCUUUCAUUAUCUACACAGCUAUUGUCUGGCCAGGCAUUUGCAUGCCCUGCGUCGCAACUACCAGGAGGAGUUUGACAAAUUACCCGCCUGGCUUCAAAAGACAGCCGAUCCCUUUCAGGCCCUUUGUCCCGUCUGUCGAGAGCUAAUCAGUGACGAAUCGGAUAGCCUUAAGUGCGCCAUGCCGCCAUCAGAGCUAGAGAAUGCUCCGGACUUCCGGGUAACCCGAGAAUUGCGCGAAAUGCAACAACGCAUGUCGCAAUUGUAUCUCCAGCAAAAGAGUCGCGGAGCCAUUAUCGAUGUGGAGGCAGAAGGAGCAGCAGUCAUAUCGAUAGAAACUGAAGAGGAUAUACGCCGCAGAGGCGAAGCAGAAGCGGCCAAGAAACUGGCCGUUCCCGCUGUAAAGGAGGAACUAGCUUCCAAGCCCACUGGCAGCAGCAGUUGCUUUGCUCCCAUUGUCCAGGAGACGCAACGUAUUACGCCAGAGCCAACUAAUAACAAUUAUCAGCAUCACAAUCGUCGGCAUUAUCGGGGCGGACGACGUCAUCAUAACCAUCAUCAUCAUCAUGGACAUGGACAUCAUGGUGGCAAUCGUGGUGAGCGUGGCGAUACGGCACAGAGUUCCACAAGCGGAACUGGGGGUGGAGCCAAUCCUUCAGGUGGUGGAAAUCCAACCGGAACUGGAACGGGUAAACAGGCGAAGGCUCAGGCAGCUGGCUCUGGCCAUGCCAGGUGACAAUGGCUUCCAGAUAAAACUCUAUUAAUCCAGACUAGAAUAGCCAUAACGUUGCCAUGCUGCUAAUACACAAUGAAGCAUUUUCUAUUUCCCUCACACUGAAAUAUCCUUCCCUCCCCCACCCCUCCACACACACACACACACCAUUUUUAAGUUCUUUUAGGCGCACUCGUUUCUGUGAAUUUUUUACUAUUAUUCCCUUUUUUUAAUUAUGUUUAGCUAAUUUUUUCUAUUGUAAUUUAAGUUGUACAAUUUAACUAUAACGAUAUUUGUAAUAAUUUACAAAAGACUUGGGCGGCAAUAUGCCGACAAAUUAACGAUAUUACGAAUUAGUAGAGAGAGAGAGAAGAGGAAUUAGUAGAAGGCCAAGAAGAAGUUUAGUAGGAAGUAUUUAGCAGCACCAACUGGCAGCGCUGGCGUUGACGAGCACACACACACAAAAACAAACACUAACAAAGAUCAACUAGAAUGUUGAUAACGAUGAUAUUAAUAUUCCAAAAUACGCAUAAUUCUCAAUCAAUUAAAUGUUUCUCUCUGUGUGUGACAGUCUCUAUAUAUACAUAGCACAAGUUGGAAAAACGAUUUCUAGUCACUCAAUUGAAAUGUAAACUGGAGGACAGACUCACACACAUACACAACCGAUAUCGAUGGAACUAAAGGAUUUAGCAUUAGCAAUUACUGUCACUCACAAUAUCCAAAACAAAUAUACAUACAUAUAUAUAUAUAUCUAGCAAUUCAACUGAAUGUUUUGUGUAGCAAUACAAAAAAGAGAAAAUUACGAUAUUCGAUCGCAGUCAUGAUAUUUCAAGCGAAUCCAAUUUCAAUGUGUCAAAAACAACAAAGAAAAUUAACAAA